ACCUCAUUCCUAACUUCGUUUAGUUUUGUUAGAUUCUCGUAACUCCGAAACUCCCUAUCAACCCAUUCCCAAAUUUAUUUUCAUUGGUGGGUGCAAAUUAUUAUUAUUAAUUACAGCAAUGCGAUAGAAAGUUGAAAUCUUUGUGAAAGGGAAGAUCAUGGGGACCGACCCAUCUUCUGGCACUGUGGAGGUUCAGGUUCAUCCACGCCGUGAAAGCACCACCGUUCAUCCGGGACGGGGUGCUCCGCCCGCUCCUCCGCCGCGGGAUCGUGACUUCAGCCUCUUCAAGCGGUGGUUCCCAUGGCUGGUGCCGUUGUUUGUGGUGGCCAAUAUUGUUGUAUUCAUCAUCACAAUGUAUGUGAAUGAUUGUCCCAAACAUUCUCUGCCUCAUUCCUGUGUUGUUUCCUUUCUGGGGAGAUUCUCCUUUCAGCCCCUCAAAGAGAACCCCCUCUUUGGCCCUUCUUCCUCCACAUUAGAGAAGAUGGGGGCUCUAGAAGUGGAUAAAGUGGUUCAUAGGCACCAGGUUUGGCGGCUUUUCUCUUGUAUAUGGUUGCACGGUGGGGUUAUCCAUGUGCUUGCCAACAUGUUCAGUCUUGUUUUUAUUGGAAUUCGGCUUGAGCAAGAAUUUGGAUUUGUUAGAAUUGGAUUUCUAUAUGUGAUAUCUGGUUUUGGAGGGAGUUUGCUGUCUGCUCUAUUCAUACAAGAAGGUAUCUCUGUUGGUGCUUCUGGUGCAUUGUUUGGCUUACUAGGAGGCAUGUUAUCGGAGCUCUUAAUAAAUUGGACAAUAUAUGCCAAUAAGUUCGCCGCAUUGUUGACUCUUGUAGUCAUCAUUGUAAUCAAUUUAGCAGUUGGAAUCCUUCCACAUGUAGACAAUUUUGCUCAUAUUGGAGGAUUUGUCUCUGGCUUUCUUCUUGGAUUUGUCUUUCUGAUUCGCCCCCAAUUCAAAUGGGUUAGCCAAAGGAAUUCUCAUUAUAGACAUGGCGCACGUCGGGUGAAAUAUAAACACAAACCUUAUCAAUAUGUACUGUGGUUCAUAUCUUUCAUUGUGCUGACUGCCGGGUUGAUUACUGGGCUGGUUUUGCUACUUCGAAGUGUUAACUUGAAUGAUCGUUGCUCGUGGUGUCAUUACUUAAGUUGUGUCCCUACCUCAAAAUGGAGCUGCAAAGCACAGCGAAUUUAUUGUGAGACAAACCAAAUUGGAAACCAACUUAACAUAACUUGCUUGAGCAAUGGGAGAAGUGACGUUUUUCCUCUUUCAAAUACUAGCUCUUCCCAGGCUCAACAGCUAUGUUCUCGACUUUGCAGUUGAUAGAUACACAUGCAACAUUUCUUGAUUCGAUGCCAUUCAACAACUUGUGUAUAUAUGAUCUAUUCUUGCUACUACAGAGGAAAUCUUCUGGAUUGCUAAUAAGGGUGGCUGUGUCCUCCAUUAUAUGAGUAUAUAUUCUUGACACUGCUAGAGGAGAGGAAGGUGUAUUUGAUUAAAGAAGCAAAAUAAUUCUCAAAUAUUGUAAAUCCUGUCUAAUGGAUUGAUCCGAAGAAAAACAAAAAUGUUUUAGAUUUUCAGCUUUGGAUCUUGUUACGGGUCAGUUAUCUUUGUUAAACAACAUCUAACCCAAAAGCUUCUAUGUUUUCCUAGACAUCAAAUAUCUUCUUGAUAGCCUUAGAUAUGUGCUGUGUUAUGGUAUCUCUAAUGAUACACUUUAAAUGCAAUGGCAUCGAGGCUUC